UUAGCGACCAGUUCGUCGUGCCCUUCAAUUUCAUGCCAUGCAGGCGAUGAGUUGGCAAAACACCACAUCAAUCAAGCUAAACAAACACAACACAUAUCCUCUGAUCUUUUUCAGCCGGAUUCUGGAUAUGAGUCGCUGGCAACUGGGCCCCACUCUGAUAACGCAAAGUCGAAAUCCCAAAAGUACCCCUCCUCCUUUCUCUCCCACUAACCAUCGCCGGGAAAUAUUCGACUUAAAGUUAAAGAAGCCAACGUUAAAGACAUCAAAAAAUCAAAAAAGAAGAGACAUAAAUUCUCUUUGCUCACAGGGAGUCAUCUCGUUGGCCAUAUAUCCAAAAACACAUUUCACUUCAUCGUCUCGAUCGAUCGAGCUUCGAGCAGAGUGAUUUAGCGAGAGUGAUUAGUUAGCCGCUGACAAUGAGACGCCAGGCUGUCGUCGAGCUCGUCGUCGUCGCGGCGGCGCUCGCCGCCCUCGCCGCCGGCAUCCUCGCGGCGUCGCUCCUCCUGCUCUGGCGCUGCCGCCGCCGAUCAGCGGCAGCAAACAGGCAGCAACCAGCCGUCGUCGUCGCCUCCGACGCCGAGCUCACGGUCCAGAGCCCGAAGAAGCCGGCGCCGGCCCGGCGCCGCGGCGGCGGCAGCGCGCUCCGGCGAGCGCUGCUCCGCCUCCUGUUCUGCUCCCGCCGCCGCCUCACCCGCGUGGAGCCGGCCGACUCCGCCGCCGCCGCCACGCAGGGGGAGGAAGGGGAGCAGGCGGCGGGGCCCGACGAGGAGGAGGUGAACACGUGGAGGGAUCGGUGGUUCGGGCCAGCCACCGCCGCCGCCUCGCGCGCGCUCUACACCAUCGACGAGGAGUCCGGCGCCGGCAGCGAGGGCGAGGAGGAGCCGGAGCCCGAGACGCCGUUCUACACGCCGCCGGCCUCCCCGCCCCGGCUCGGCGGCGGCGGCCACUCGCCGGAAGCCACCGUGUGAAGGUGAAGCUAGCAGCUGGUGUUCGUCCACGGUCCACCGCGACAUGAUUACCCGACCGUUUUCUUGUUUUCUUGUUGGCUAGUAGCAGGCUUGGAUUUUUGUUGUCUUCUUUGAUUUUUAGUUUUUUGCUCAUGUCAAAACGACAUUUUUUUAGCCAGGUUGCAUGGUGCACAGGUACAGUGCAGUUAGUACUAGUGCUUAGUGUAGUUGUUACUACUUAAUGCACGAGCAGGAUGGUGAUUAAGAUCUAAUCUCGUAUGCUAGCCAGCUUGCACCAGUUGAUGGAGUUGCAUAGGUGCGCAUGUUGGAGACAAA